CCGGCCGGUCGGUCUCAGCUGCGUCUUCUUUCGGUUUAGGCCUCUGGGGUCCCGAUGGAUUUUACUUAGCUUUGCCUGCUGUGGUGCGUCAUCCUCUCCCGUGAUAUACACAGAAAAGCGCUGCAAUGGCCUCGGCCACUGCCUGUCCCGCUCUGUGCUGCUGCCGCCGCCCUCUCCGCACACGGCCUGUCACUGCCAGCCCAGCUGCCCCGGUGCCCCCAGACCCCGCUUCGGCUUCCAGUUUUCAGCUUUAUCGCUUACACCACUUCCAUCUCGGCCUGGAACUGCGGCCGGAGUCCCGGGAGCUGGCCGGUUGCUUAGUGUUGGAACUCAGCUGUCUCCUGCCGGGAGGGCCGGCUUUAGUCCUGGACACACACCCAGCGACCAGGGUCAGUUCUGUAAGGUGCCGAAGAACAGGGGGCGGGGAAGGAGAGAGCACCGAGCGCUUCUAUCCUCAAACGAACUACAGCAGCACACUGAACAAGGAGACUAGCCAUUAUAAUGUGUGCUCCUGGGCUCUAGAAGAGACUGCUCAUAUUCCUCAUGAGGAUUGCUUGGCACUGCCCAAGUCACCAUGUAGCCCCCAGACUAAUGAAGGUUUGUGGUAUGUUACAUCCGAAUCUCCCUUGCCAAGCCUGCGUCCUUCAAGGUGUUCUCCUUUGAUAACCCCGGAGCCCCUCGACCUCUCUGUCUCACAGCCACUUGCACCUAGUUCUCUCAUGGACUCCUCUAAUGACAAGGCCACUUCUGACAACAGUUUAUGCCCAUCUCUAAAUGGGCACUGCCCUCCAUCAACUGGCUCUAGGGUUGGGUGCCUAAAUCCUCAGCCCUCCUUAUAUGGUUGUCCUCCACCCGCUGAUUUUCCAUCCUAUUCCUCCUCAUGUUAUUCUUUAUCCCCAGAACCUAUUGUAUCCCACAAAGCUGAGGGCAACAGUGUUACACCUGCCACAAACCCAAACUUGCCAUCUGUGGACCUUCUGCCCAAUACUCUCAGAGCCCCUUGUCUGCUCCAUAGUGCCAAUGACUCGGUGCCCCCUUAUUCUACUUGUUGCUUCCCAUUGGACUUUAGGGUUGAAGAGUUCACAGACUAUGGUUCUGCACUUAACAUCUCUGUGCCCGAAAACCUACGAACCAGUGAAACUUUCCAAGUUAUUAUUCAUUAUAUAACUGGCGAAGGUCCUGCGGUAUGGUGGCUGGAUCCAGAACUCUCCUAUGGAGGCUCCCAGCUGUUUGUAUUUACUCAGGGACACUCUGUCUGCAACCGCUCCUUCUUCCCCUGCUUUGAUACUCCAGCUGUCAAGUGUACUUACUCUGCCUCAGUCAAGGCUCCUUCUGGAAUUCGGGUUCUCAUGAGUUGCACUCAUAGUUAUUUCAUAGAGGAGAUAGGUGUCUCUCACUUCUAUAUGGAGCAUCCCGUUCCUGCCUACUUAGUGGCCCUAACAGCUGGUCAUCUUCUACCUGCAGACAUUGGUCCCAGGAGCCGUGUAUGGGCUGAACCCUGUGUGCUGCAAUUAGCAGUGUCAAAGUUGGCUGGCCGAGUAGAGCAAUGGCUGCAAGCAGCAGAGAGUCUUUAUGGUCCAUACAUCUGGGGAAGGUAUGAUAUUGUCUUCCUGCCCCCUUCCUUCCCAAUUGUUGCUAUGGAAAAUCCAUGCCUGACAUUCGUUAUCUGCUCCAUUCUGGAUAGUGAGGACUUCCUGCUUAUAGAUGUUAUUCAUGAAAUUGCACAUGGCUGGUUUGGAAAUGCAGUGACUAAUGCAAGCUGGGAGGAAAUGUGGUUGAGUGAGGGCCUAGCAACCUAUGCCCAGCGUCGCAUCACUACUCGAGUAUAUGGUGCUGCUUUUACUUGCUUAGAAACUACCUUCCGGCUGGAAGCUCUGCAUAGACAGAUCCGAAUCCUUGGCCAAGAUACUCCAUUGAGCAGAUUACAGGCCAAACUGGAUCCAGGUGUGAACCCAAGUAACCUCAUGAACUUAUUUACAUAUGAGAAGGGCUUCUGCUUUGUGCACUAUCUAUCACAGAUAUGCGGAGAUCCGGACAAUUUUGAUGCCUUUCUCAGGGAAUACAUUGAGAAGUUCAAGUUCCGCAGUGUUGUGGCAAAUGAGCUUUUAGAGUCUUACCUUCACUUUUUUCCCCAUUUGAGAGAUGAAACUACAGGAAGAAGUGAAGGUCUGGAGUUUGAACGUUGGUUAAAUGCCCCAGGACCUCCACUUUCCCAGCCAGAUUUGUCUCAGGGAUCAGUGUACACAGCACCUGUGGAGACCCUCAGUCAGCUUUGGAUGUCUGAACCUCUGGAUGUUGAAGCCGCUUCUUCAUUUGCCAAUAUCUCAGACUGGCAAACCUUUCAAACCGUGCUCUUUUUAGACAAGCUACUUGAUAAAUCUCCACUACGACCAGAGGUAAUGAUGCAACUGUCCCUGUGUUAUUCUGCUGAUCUGGCUACAAUGAACACUGAAAUUAGGAUCAGAUGGUUGCAGAUUGUGGUGAGGAACAAUUUUCAACCAGACUUGCCCCAAGUACGUCACUUCCUGCUCUGCCAGACAUCCAGGAUGUACACAAUCCCGCUGUAUGAGGACCUAAUCUCUGGACCUCUAAAAUCUUGUGCUCUAGAAAUCUUUUAUCAGACUCAUGGGAGGCUGCACCCAAACCUUCGCAAAACUAUACAACAAAUCCUGGCUCAGGGUGGCUCAGUGGUACAGCCCGAAUCUGCCGUACCUGUCCUGGCAACUGAGCUCUGUGCACAAAGUCCAGCCUCUCUCAGGGACGUAAAUGUUACAGCAUAACAGAGCAGAGCCUGUGGUUUGUAUCAGUAACUGGAUGCUAAUUUAAGCAGACCGUGCCUUGUGCUGCCUUUGUCUGUGAACAUAGGGUUUAUGCCUAAUGAACUUUGCACAGGAGGAGACGAGCCCUGUCUUUUGAACACUCAGGAGGGGGAAAAAUGAAGCCCCCAAGUUUAGAAAACUUUCUAUAUUUAACCUUGAAGAGGGAAAUGCCAACUUAUGUAUAUCUUGCUGGGCUUGAAGAGUCUGCUAAAGGUUAGCUGGAUGUGUUUCAGAACUUCUAUGCACCAUUACCCCUUCCAAAUUAUUUUAACGUUUACACCUAAAUGUGUUUGGAUACACACUUAUUCAAAUGUAAUUUGUAAAUUUUAACAUUUGUUCGCAAUAUUCUGUUCUUUUGGCACUGUUCAAAAUUGCCUUAUACUGCAAACCUUGGCAAAACACAUAAGAAAUGUAAGAUGGUAAAUGCCUAUCUUGUGCUAUCUAGUCAGUGCACUUAAUCACUGAUAAGGUGGCAAACUAUAUAAUCUGAGCAAAUCAGACAUAUUAGGGCUCUGGUAUAUCGGGGAGCUUAGUCGCCCGCAACAAGGGAGAUUUGUCGCGGGUGACUAAACUCCCUCGUGUGCCAGAGCCCUUACCAGAUCUAAGUUUCAUUGUGGUGUAAAGUGACUUUUAAGCUUUUGUUUCAGUGAGAUAUUUUAUACAUGCAUACACCACCUGCUGCUGAAGGUAGAACUUCUUGUAUCACCAUUUGUUUUGGGGUUUUUUUUAACGUUUUUGACCCCUCUCUGCUUCCUUGACAAUUUUAAUUAGCAUUUUGUUUGCACUCAUUAUUGGAGGGCCUGGAUUGCUCUCCCCCAAAUACCCCUGCACCCUUUUAAUUACAGACUGCAAGCAAUAACACUGGAGUUUGGCUUCUUGAGUUCUGUUUACCCCUGAUUUUAUGUGGAAGCCCGGGCUGGAUAUAGCCACUCCAGCUUUUCUCCUGUUGUUACUAUUCCUUUGACUGCUGUUUCCUUUACCAGUGUCUGUACUGAUAGUGUUUGCUAAGGGAAUUAUAUCUUUUGCAGAACUGAUUUGCACAGGCUAUUUUGAGCCAUGAACCAAUCAGAGUGACAGCUCUGAGUAUAUUUUGUAUACUUUUUGGAUUAUUCCUGAUUCCAUUCUAUACCUACUGCAUUGUCAAACCCACCUACAGGUUUUUUUUGUUUUGUUUUUUUGCUGUGGUUAUGUGGGGUUUUAAAUCUCACAUUUACUAGCUGGGGGUGAAAUAACCUGUUUUGUAAACCAGAAUUAUACUGACUGUUUCAUUUUUAAAGUCAUUUUAAUUUUAAGCAGAAAAUGAAUAAACAGUGCCGGACUUCAUUUGA